AUGCCGCGAGACUGGCUCCAAUCGGCAGUUCCGCCGAUCCUGAGUCCUCGCCUCGACCCGGACUCCUGCGAGCACAAGGACAUCAAGAGGUACGGCAACGCCCAUGGCCGCUUCGCGAGAUGCAAUCAGUGCCUGAGAAAAUGGAGAUGGAACACCAAGAAGGGGGAUUGGGACAUUUGGUAUUCCCGCGGCGAUGGCUCUCCAAGUUCCUCUUCAGCACCAUUGCCAUUGCCUCAGCCGUCAUCGAAGGCCACACCUCCCUUGGGAGCCUCUCCAAAGAAGAUCAAGCCCAAGUUCAAGGCAGCGCCAGCGGCUCUACAACGUCAAGCUCGCAUCAGGGACUACGAGCGGACGGACCCUACUUCGACGGCGCUGAGUGGAUGGACGAACUUCCGCUUGGGCUACACCCUCCACACGGACCACCUGGACGAGCAGGGGCAAUACGAGCUGUUCCAGAUCUUGGAGCAGGAAUCUCCUCUGCAAGCAGAACCUACGACGGUGGCCGAGCACAUCUUCCUCAACGAGGAGACCUACCAGCCGCAGCGGGAGAAGCUGGAGAUGUUGGCGGAUCGCAAACGCCACGAGCGACUGGUCGAGAUGGGAGUUCUUCGCGAGGAGGACGACGAGAUCAUGGACUGGGGUCUGGUGGACCACGAGCUGAAAGGUGAGUGGAAGAAGGCCGCUCAGGUCCUCGAGAUGGAGUACAAGGUCAACAACAGCGGCGCCAGCGUGAGAGAUCGACCACCACCACAUGUGGACCUAUGGGAGCUGUUCGCCGGAUCUUGCAACUUGAGCCGCCUGGCUCCACACUAUGACCUGAACACCUUGCAGCCCCUGGACAUCCUCUUCGGCCAGGACUUCAAGAAUGGCUCCAUGAGGAAGAAGAUCAAAGUACAGGUCGACCAGUUCAAACCCUGGCUCAUCGUCAUGGGAGUCGACUGCAGGUUUUGGAACUUGUUCAACAUCAACAUGAACUGGUCGCACCGACAAGAACUACUUGAGAGUCUGCAAGAUGAAGAGCGCAUUUUGGUUCAGUUCGCAGUGGACAUCGCGCUCAUGCAGUACAAGGCCGGGCGAUACUUCCUGCUGGAGAACCCCCUGAGGUCGAGACUUUGGGAGGAAGACAAUGUCCGCCAGCUGAGAGAUCUGGAAGGCAUUUGGUCCACAGUGCUUGACGCAGGAGCCUAUGGUGCGGAGAUCAACAACGAGCCGAUCGCAAAGCCAAUGAGAUGGAUGGGCAAUCUCCCAGGCUUCGACCAGACCCUCAACCUACGGCUCACUCCAACACAGCGGCUCUACUGCAAGCCUAUCCAAGGCUCGAUGACUCGAAGAUCCCAGCAGUACCCGGACGAGCUUUGUCAUUGCAUUUUGCAAGAGCUCAAAUCUCUGGUGUUUCAACGUGAGCCUCAUCGUUUUGGAGCACCACUACAUCAGGUCUAUGCGAUGGCCUACCCCACAGAAGACCUCGCACUGUGGGACCACAUCGUGGACUACAUCACCAAUGUUUAUGAGAGGGGAGCAAAACGGCCCUUCAACAUUGGCUUGGACACCGAGAUGGGCAAGACCAUCCAACAGCUCUUCCGAAUCAAGGCAGUUCGCCUUCAAGCAUGCUAUGCACCGACGGCGAGAAGAAUUCCACCCAACGUGGACGAGUACUACACCCGAGCAGCUCUCUUGCAGUACGCUGAUGGUACUCGUGCCGUCGAGAUUGAAGAUUUGGGCGAGAUCGAAUUCCCCAAGAUGAAGUUCUCCAAGGCGGUCAGAGUGGCAGUGUUUGGAUAUGGACACCGUCUUGAGACGCCUGACCCCAAGCAGAACGAGCUCAAGGAAGACAGACCCGUCAUUCCGGGCAUGUCAGCUGACAUCAGCUUCCCAAAUGUCAGCGAUGUGGAGCAGCACAUUCGACGUUCUGUAGCACGACUACAUCUCAACUUGGGACAUCCCACGGCUCCAGAACUACUACGACUCCUGGCACAUCAAGGCAAAGUACCAGGCCCAGUCAUCAAAGCAGUUCAGGGACUGGUUUGCUCCACCUGUGAACGCCUUCGACCACCUCAAGAACCACGACCUGCAUCCAUGCCAAGUUUGACUGCAGGCCAAUUUGCUGACGAAGUGCAGGCCGACAUUUUCUAUGCACGGCUGCUGGACGGAACAUCCUUUGCCGUCCUUGGAAUCGUUGACAAGGCGACAGGCUUCCAUCAGGCUGGAUACAUGCCUGACCGGAACGCCACCACAGCGUUCCAAGUGCUCUCCGACAUCUGGCUUCGACCUUUUGGACUACCACUUCGCUUCGUGUGUGACCCAGAUCACACCUUCCGAGGUCAGUUUGAGCAACGCCUCAUGGCUAUGGGCGUGAUGGUUGAACACUGUCCACCGGAGGCGCACUACAUCAUCGGCAUGGUCGAACGGCGCAACGCCAUCCUCCGACUCACUCUGGAGAAGGUCAUUGACCAGCUUGGAGUGGUUUCAUUGGACCAAGUCCCGACUGUGCUCAUCCAAGCUUGUCACAGCAUCAACUCACUGCCCUUCACUCGCGGCAGAUCUGGCUAUCAGGCAGUUUUUGGCAGGACACCACGACUACCGGAUGACGUCCUCACUGACACCCAGGUCUUGAGCACCUCCACACAGCCCUUCCGGGACGUUGACAACCCUGGACUCCGGGCAGAACUGGUGAGAAGCGAGGCUAUGAAGGCCCUCAUCGACCUGAACGCCCAACAGCAGUUCAGGCGAGCAUUGCUUCGAAAGACUCGCAAUGUCAAAGUACCAGAACUACUUCCUGGACAACGCUGCGCAGUUUGGAGGUGGACAAAGAAGGGAGUGCGCAAGCGAGGAGCAUGGCUCACUGCCAGGUUCCUGUCCUGGGAUCCUCAAUACCCAGGAAGACAAGCAUGGGUUCGACUGGGAGCUUCAACCACCCUGGUCACUUCAGAGCAACUACGAGCAGCUCACGGGUUUGAAGAUUGGUGCCCCGAUGAGCAAGAUCUGAAGGCCCUCAAGGAUGCGAGCAAAGACUUUGGCCCUCAGAUGCUCGAAGACGAGAGAGGAGAACCUCCACCCGACGACACCACCGUGGACUCCGACAGUGGAGACUCCAGCACUGAGCAAGCAGAACGGCCCAAAUACCACAACCCGGGCAUGAGCAGGCAGGAACGCAAACAGCUGGACAGGGAGAUUCCAUGGAGACACAUCUUGACGAUGCCACCAGCCUACAUCGACAAGUUCCUGGCCGCCAUCGACAAGGAGACCAACAGUUGGUCCGAGUGGCGAAGUGUCAAGCCACUCUCAAGAGAAGAAGCCCAAGCCGUCCUGCGAGACAAGAUCCUCUCCAAGCGCGUGCUGCGCUCACGGGCCUGCUACCGUGAUAAGAAUGUGGGCCAAGGUGAAGUCAAAGCAAAAUGCCGCAUCGUUUGCUUGGGCCACCAAGAUCCCGAUCUCGAGGUCCUCAACCGUUCAUCCCCAACACCUGGAAGGACAUCGGAGAUGGUGAUGUACGCCAUGAUUGUGGCUGGGAUGAACCAGGAGCUCUUCGACACCCAGAAGCCAUGGCUGGCAUGGGCAGGAGACGCCCAAACUGCAUUCCUGCAGGGGAAGCAGAAAGACUCAGAGAGGCCACUACCUCUCUACAUGAGGCCUCCAAAAGAUGGCCUGAUCGAGAAGACCGGCCACUGGCGCUCCGACCUCUACCAGAUCCUGGGCAACGUCUAUGGGCUCAGCAACGCUCCACAUCUUUGGAGCGAGGAGGUGACAUCAAGGUUGACCUCCAAGGGGUAUGGCCGACAUGGCUUCGACCCUCAGCUCUUCUUCAAGAGGGACCCCAAGAGCGGCUAUCCAGUCAGCAUGUUGAUCGUCUACGUGGAUGACUUCUUAGGCCUCCACCGAGCUGACUAUGAGAUCACCGAGAUCCAAGACCUCUUCCGCUGGGGCGAUCUUCAAAGCUUUAAGGCCGGCAAGGCCAUCAAGUUUAAGGGCAAAGAACUGGUCAUUGAGCAGCUCUCCAAUGGCCGACAUCGGAUGAAGAUCACCAUGCAGGGCUUUCUCGACGCCCUCGACGUCGGCAAGAUCGCAAAGGGCAGGUCAAGCCAAGACCCUGUCAUGACUCCCAUGGAGCAGAAGGAGUACCGGUCAGUCAGCGGCUGCUUGCAAUGGGCAGCGACACAAUGCAGGCCUGAGAUCUCACCGCUCAUCAGCCUCUCCAACCAAGGUGCACAGACCACCUACCAAGGCCUCAAAGACUUGUACGAGGGCCUGGACUACCUCAAGUCCACGUCGGACCAGGGUCUGACCAUCCAGGACAUCCCCUUCACCAAGGACUCCCUGGUGCUCGGCUACUCCGAUGCGAGCUGGUGCAACGCCAGCCGGAGCGGCUCUCAAAUCGGCUUGGUGAUCGGCAUCACCAGCAUGGAGGCAAAGCAGAAGCCGGUAAAGUUCACGCCAUUAGAUUGGCGGAGCUCACGUGCCCCACGGGUCUGCCGAUCGACUCUGGCAGCUGAAGCAUGUGCUGCUGACGAGGCAGCUGAUCGUGGAGCAUACCUCAACCGGAUCAUCUCUGAGUUGAUCUACGCACAACCCUCACACCGAGUUGGCUGCCGUAUGUCCUAUGCCCAGGCCACGGACGCCCGCUCGCUCUACGACGCCAUCAUGGCUGAGGCGCCAAACAUCUCGGACAAAAGGUCCCUGGUGUCAGUGAGGAGUGUUCAAGAGGUGGUGGACACACACCAGCUCCACUGGGUCCCAACGACCCUUCAGUUCGCAGAUGGCUUGACAAAAGCCGAUGUCAAUCUGCGCAACGUGUGCAGAGCAUGGUUCGAAGACCCCAGAGCAGUCCUCGCAGACCACCCUGAGAACCAGAAGCUGCUGGAGCAGCUUGGCGCCAAGGUCAACAAAACAAAGACCAGUGAGAAACUUGCACCAUGA